CUGACCUAGUUUAGAUUUCAUUCAUCAGUGCACAUGAGCGCAUUCAGGCUGCAGCAACUGAAGGGUCAUAUUUUGCCUGAGAAUAAGAUCACAACGAUGGCAGGCUCGCCUAGUCCUCUGACCACACAUGUCCUGAACACCGCGAUGGGCGUCCCUGGUUCAAACAUGUCCCUCAGCCUUCACCGGCAAGAUCCACUGACUAAAGCCUGGAGUUUGAUAACUGCUGGGGUCACUAACGAUGACGGACGUUGCCCAGGACUUAUCACAGCACAACUGUUUACAUCUGGCGUGUACAAACUGCAUUUUGAAACGGCUCAGUACUGGGCCAGUGUGGGAGAAACCAGCUUUUACCCCUAUGUGGAGAUUGUCUUCACUAUAAAUGAACCGGGCCAAAAGUACCACAUUCCUCUGCUCCUGAGUCGGUUCUCGUACAGUACGUACAGAGGGAGCUAGAGGUCAAGUGUGAUAGUGUGUGAUAAACCCUCUGAUGCUGUCUUCAUCCGUCAGCUGUCUGAUACAUCAGAAGCAGAAGCAGCUUCUCCAAGAACUUUAUUGGGGCAGCACCUGCUGACCUGUCACACAUCUUCACAAGGCACAAAGCUCCAUUUGAUUUAUUCUGCCAUCUAAAUAAUUGUUAUUGUCAAUAAAUGUUAUUUUCCCC